AUGGUGUUUGAGCUUCGCUUCUCAACACAAAUCAUCACUCCUGUACAAAAGCUUCAAAUCAUUAACGCUGCAAAAGGAGAAAACAAAAAGCCAAUUGACACACCAACAGAUGACAUGGAUGACAGAGACGAAGAAGUGCUACCAUGCCCAACUGAGUCCUCUCUAAACUAUACGCAUUAUAAAUUUUCAGUGACAGUGCCUCCUGAAUUUCCAAACAAGAAUAUGAGCAUUGCUUUGAUUGGCAUUCAUGGCCAAGGAAUAACGGAUAGCGUCACACGACCACAGGGUGCAAGCCCCUCUGCUGACAUUAGCAACGUUACUGCAGCUGGGGCAUUUCAAAACAACACCUCAAACUUCACACAUCAACAAUCCAUACAGUAUUGUGUUGUUGAUGGCCAACUCAGAACCUUGCAAAACGAUUCAUCCUUGACAUCAGUAACAGAAGUUGUGAAGUUUUUGAAAAAACUUAUUUUUGAUGCCGAAAAGAGAAAUUUUGAAUCUCAACAACGUGACACUCUUUCCAUGCUAUUUGGAAAUGAUAAAGAUAUGCUAACACAACUAGAGAGUCAAUAUUUCUUACCAGAUUACGACUCAAUGGUUUUUGAAGAGAGAGUCGUUGAUCGAAGACACAAUUAUGUAUUAAGAUCAUGUACAUAUAACCAACAAUGUUAUGCUGUGAGGACAGUCAUUUUUUCAAAACCAGAACAGCUUGAAUCCUGGAAACGAGAAGCUCUUUUGCUUUGUACAUUGAAACAUCCAUCCAUUGUUGACCAUAUUGGAUAUGGCCUUCGGGUUGACAAAUUUCAAUUCAAAAUUCUAAUGGAGCAUUGCAAGUAUGGCUUCCUUUAUGAUAUACUUUUUAAGCCUCCAGCAAAGAAAAAAUCAAGCUCAGAGGCAACUAAUUUGAAAGAGCAAUUGAAAGAUCCAGAUAUCAUCUAUAGAGUCGCAAUUAGCGCCGCAAAAGCAUUACAUUACUUACACACAGAAAAGAAAAUGAUUUAUGUUAAUGUGAACAGUGCGAAUAUUAUGCUCGCUGAUGAAUUCCAAACAAAGUUUUUGGUGGACUCUAGUACUUGCUAUGUAUGUAAUGUAGCAGCAUCGGGUCCAAUCAACGACAUUUCGCCGUCACAAACCACUGAAAAUCUUGUAAUUCCACCUGCACUAAUCAAAUAUUACAAUCCAAAUGUUAGUGCAGCAGAAACAGCUGUGCUUGUGCAGUACAAAUCACCAGAGCAAAUUUUAUUGCCCAAACAAAAGUACUUGCUCACUUCGGCUGUCGACAUUUUUGCAUUUGGUAUUGUAUUGUAUGAAAUAUUCACACAGAGAAAUCCAUGGAAAGGAACGCAGCCCAAGACCAUUUUAGAGAAGGUUGCUAAUGGAGAACGACCUGAAUUGUCACCUCAAUUUGUUCUUGUUCCUCAACAAGUCGAGAUUGCAGAGCUCAUUUCAUGGUGUUGGAAACAAGACCCAUUAGAGAGACCUAAUAUUUCUCAAGUACUAAAUGCAUUGACACAAUUAUCAUGUAAGAAAGCACAAUAA